CCCAGCGGGAAGCGACGACAGCGGGAGAAAAGCUGCGCAAGAACCAAGAAGAAGAGCGCAGAUCUGCAGCUGGAGGAUUUUACGACGAGGAGGGGAGACCAGAUUUACCCCGCAAGGAACAACAGUCCACUUCACUGAUGAGGUCCCAAGCAGACGUCAGAGAGGAGUGACCUGCCCUCGCCGCCAGAGCCCCUCAAGCCCCAGGCUCCCCCCGCUUCCCCGCAGGAUUCUGUCCUGUCGUGCACCGUUUCUGCUCGAGUUUGUCCCCGGGAUCAAUCAAAACUGUUUCUCCAACGCUUCUACCAAAAACUCAGACUGUUUUCCAAAGCAGACUCGGCCCAGCCCUCCCAGGUGGAAGCUAUGGGGAGCGUGCGAAGCCACCGCUACAGCAUCGUGUCCUCUGAGGAGGACGGCAUGAAGCUGGCCACCAUCGUCGUCCCGAACGGCUACGGAAAUGGCAACGUCAACAAGGGGCACGCGGAGCACCAGCGUCAGAGCCGCUUCGUCAGCAAGGACGGCCACUGCAACGUGCAGUUUAUCAACAUGAGCGAGAAGGGCCAGCGCUACCUGGCAGAUAUCUUCACCACCUGUGUGGACAUUCGCUGGCGCUGGAUGCUGCUCAUCUUCUGCCUUUCCUUCCUCAUGUCCUGGUUGUUUUUUGGCUUUGUCUUCUGGGUGGUGGCCCUCUCGUACGGGGACUUAGAGAACGAGACUCAGAUGUGCGUUUCCAAUGUGGACAGCUUCACUGCUGCCUUCCUCUUCUCGGUGGAGACACAAACCACAAUCGGCUACGGCUAUCGCUAUGUGACGGAGGAAUGCCCUGUCGCCGUUUUCAUGGUGGUCUUCCAGAGCAUUGUGGGCUGCAUCAUUGAUGCUUUUAUCAUCGGUGCCGUCAUGGCCAAGAUGGCAAAGCCCAAGAAGAGGAACGAGACGCUGGUGUUCAGCCAUUACGCCACGGUGGCCAUGAGGGACGGCAAACUCUGCCUGAUGUGGCGAGUUGGAAACCUGAGAAAGAGUCACCUGGUGGAGGCGCACGUGAGGGCUCAGCUCCUCAAGUCUCGCACCACCGCGGAGGGGGAGUUCAUCCCCCUGGAUCAGGUCGACAUCGAUGUCGGCUUUGACAGCGGCAUUGACAGAAUCUUCCUGGUGUCCCCGAUUACUAUAGUCCACGAGAUAGACGAGGACAGUCCAUUCUACGAGAUGAGCAGACAGGAGCUGGAGACGUCAGAGUUCGAGAUCGUAGUGAUUCUGGAGGGCAUGGUCGAGGCCACGGCGAUGACGACUCAAUGCCGGAGCUCCUACGUGGCCAGCGAGAUCCUCUGGGGCUACCGCUUCGAGCCAGUGCUCUUUGAAGAGAAGAAUUUCUACAAAGUGGACUACUCUCGUUUUGACAACACGUACGAGGUGCCCAGCACGCCCGACUGCAGCGCCCGGGAACUGGCUGAGAAGAAGUCCAACGGCUCCAGUUCCAGGAACUCCUUCUGCUACGAGAACGAGGUGGCUCUGGAAAAAGUCGAGAUGGAGGAGGAGUUUGACGAGGAGGAAAGCAGGGAGUUGAGAGUUGCCGACAUUGGUGCGCUCGAGGACAUGAACCCAGAUGCAGUAUCAGAUUCUGAAUGCAACCUGGACCCUUUGCCUUCAGAUUCAAGGCCUUUGACGGCAGAAUCGCAAAUAUGACUCGGUGUGUCGGGAAAUGCGCUGCGCUCAGAUUUGCUCCAACUUUUGUCUUGACUGCUGUUCUCGAUGACGCGUGACCGUUGAGACUGUGACAGGAUUGAGAAAGUCUCUGUGCAGAAGCUCAAGACGGCGAGGGAACGCAAACGCCGCUCAUGGUGAAAAUGGCAAUAAACUGAAUGAAGUCAGACCUAUACAAAUGGGUAAAUGCCUUCUCUUACCCGCUGUGCAGUCUUCAUCUGUGCAUACUGCAUAACUAUUCAUCCAUCCAUCUUAUACAUCACUUCAUGCAGUGUAGGAUCGUGGAGCGCUAAAGCUAAUGUUAGCUAACAGGUCUGGACAGGUUCCCAGUUCAUCAGUUGCAUAUUUCUACUUUGCACUUUUUGCAUGAAACAUUCUGGGUCUUUUAAUGGAACAAAGUAAAAAAUAAAAAAAAAAUAUAUAUUUAAUUCAAGAUCAACUUAAAGAUUUGAUAUAAAAGCCACAAAAAAACCACCAGCAGAACAUAUAGAUACGAAAAAAAAAAAUUGUUAAUGAGCUGGUCUCUUAGCAAAGUUUUUCAGAGUCUUCUUCAGUGUCUGAUGAAAACAAUGUUCAGAGCAGGUUACAGGCGGGAGUACAGUCGGCUCCUCAAACUAUCAACUGCAGUAAAGUGAAAUAUCUUUUGCAACACGUGCAUUUACAGAGGUCCCAGCCCGAGGAGAGGAGCUCGGGUGGUUUGGCUUCAAAUGAGCACACAUUGCAAAAUAUUUUCACAGAAAGAAGCGUCUGUGACAUGCAGAGCAGCUUAAUGCCGCCUCUCGCAGAUCAUUUGUGUUCUAAUGUGCAAUACUGGUCAGUGGUAAGGAAGCUCAGCUCUGAGCCGAGGCUAUGAAUGUUGAUAAAAAGUGCUGCUAAGUUACAUAUUGUAUGUUUAGAUGGAAAUCUAGGAGCCAAAAUGUAUUAUUUGUCUUUUAAAAGUAUACAUCUUAAAGAUUGCAGAUGCAGCCCCUAGUGUUAUUUCUAACUAUAGACAAGCAUGAUUCUUUCAGUGUGAUAUCCGAUCUUUAGUGCACUUUCUUCCUCACCAGAUAGGCUUCCUCCAGUAAGAACUCAAACAGUUUUAUUACCCAAAGCCAAAUAUGUAUAUACAUAUAAAAGUCAACCGUUACUCUGCUGUUAGUUAAUUUGAUACCUGAACUUUUCCUCAUCUGAGAGGCUGUUGGCUGUUCAAACACUGAAUUAUAGCGAUUUAAUUUUACGUCACGGCGUGCGGGCGACAUGCAGAAUUCCGACACAUCGUAGUUCACAGUCUACUUCAACAAGUUAAGUUUGUCAUUACUGACUGGACCUUUGCUUCAUUUUACUAGAACUGCUAAUUAUUAUUUUACUCGCAAUCAGAUGUGGGAGGCAGAUUGAGCUCCAGCUGUUUCUUUAGGCAUUGUGAUGAAAUGGUGAAGCUUGAAAAGCGUCUGAGCUUGUCGGAACACUGGAGUGCUUCUCUGGUAAGGAAAUCCAUGAAAACAAUGUAGUUGCUUUCCAAGUGACACUUCUUCUGUUGUAGGUCUUUAUUUUUCUACCAGGGUCUUCCCACCUUCCUGCACAAACCAGAGGCUGUACAGAUUUUUUUUUAAAAAAAGUUUUUUGUAAAAUAUAAUGCAAAUACUGUAUGAAUAUAUUAUUGCAGUUGUUGAAAACUGUUUGUCAUUUUUCCAAUAAAAUCUAAAAAAC